AUGGCCUCGUAUGAAUUGAAAGGGCCAUCCGUGAGUCGGGAGGUGCCAGCGUUCGGGUCUAAGGAUCGCGACCAUCACGAGUUAGUUCGCCUAGGGAAGAAGCCCGUGUUAAAGCGAACCUUUGGGAUUCUAUCUAUUCUCGGCUUCAGCUGCACUAUUCUUGCCACAUGGGAGGGUCUUCUAGGGACGUUCACAAUUCCUCUACAGAAUGGCGGAUCGGCUGGGGCAGUGUACUCUUACAUUCUCGUUUGGAUCGGAACAGCAUGCUGUUUCGUCAUCAUUGCAGAGAUGGCCUCGAUGGCUCCAACAUCAGGCGGUCAAUACCACUGGUGUGCCAUGUUAGCCCCGGCACACAUGAUGAAGUUCCUGAGUUACAUGACGGGAUGGCUUACCGUCAUCGGUUGGCAGGCAGCCUUUGCUUCGGCAUCGUAUCUUUGUGGCACCGAGAUCCAAGGGGUGGCUAUCAUGGCUUAUGAAAAGUACAGUCCGGAGGCAUGGCACGGCACAUUAAUUCUUUGGGCAGCGGUGGCAUUGGCUUUGGGAAUCAAUCUUGCCGGAGGAAAGCUUCUGCCCCGACUGGAGACCUUAGUACUCGUCGUUCACAUCCUGGGAUUCUUCGGGGUGCUGAUCCCUUUGACGUACAUGGCUGAUCACAAAUCGGCAAGAGAAGUCUUCAAAGAGUUCUCUAACGGAGGGAAUCUCCCGGCGGAUGGCAUAUCAUUCUUCGUUGGCAUGACGGGCUGUGUUUUCUCGUUUGCCGGUGGUGAUGCAGCGGUCCAUAUGGCCGAGGAAGUCAGCAACGCUUCGGUUGUCAUCCCCAGGGCUAUUCUUCUAAGCGUGCUCAUCAACGGCACGCUAGGAUUCAGCAUGUUGCUUGCCAUGUUGUUCUGCAUGGGGGACGUGGAGAGUGCCCUAGCGUCUACUACGGGCUUCCCGUUCAUGGAAAUCUUCUACCAAGCCACGGAUUCGGUCUCGGGGGCGGUUGGCAUGUCCUCGAUACUCUUGAUUAUCGCCGUCUGUUCAGUGAUCGGCAUGCUGGCGGCCACUUCGCGGCAGUUCUGGUCCUUCGCCCGGGACCGUGGCAUUCCCGGGUGGCGUAUUUGGAGUCGGGUAUCGACAAAAACCUGCCUUCCCACCUACUCGAUUCUCUUAACUAUGACGGUCUGCUCACUGUUAGGCCUAAUCAACAUCGGCUCUGCGGUCGCGCUCAACGGCGUUCUCUCCAUGGCCGUAUCAGGCCUCUACCUUUCCUAUCUCACCGUCGGAUCUCUUCUGCUCUACCGCCGCUGUACGAGUGCUAUCGCCAGAGUCAACGACUCGGCCGAUGAGACCGUGAAUGUGCCCGGCGCCAAGCUCGUCUGGGGUCCCUUCCAUGUGCCGGGGGUUCUCGGCGUUCUAAUCAACACAUUCGCAGUCAUCUAUAUGAUCAUCGUUGUUUUUUUCAGUUUUUGGCCGACCGAGAUUCCUGUCAACAAGGAGAACAUGAACUUCAGUGUGGUCGGAACGGUCGGUGUGGUCAUUCUGGCCAUCCUUUACUAUGUUUUGCGAGCAAGGAAGGUCUACCAGGGCCCGGUCAUGGAGGUGGCUCUGACAUCGGCAUCUGGAGUCUGGAGCUCGAUGUGA